AUGGCAAAAUGCUGCUGCCUUGUGCAGACGGAGCUGACCUCCGAAGAAAAAAAGACUCAGCCUGAGGAGAAGGUCGGCAUCGGCAUCGAUAUCGAUAUCGACAUCAACUACAACGGGAACACUCUUCACUGGUGGUUGGAAAACAUCAGUCUCUAG